AAGGGGACACCGUAAAAAAUUACUUUGUCCUCUUCAUUAUAUAUUAAGGAGGAAAAUAAUUUAAACCGAAUAAAUUGACUGCUGUUUCAAAAUUCACGAAUUUAGUCAAAAUUAACUCGGCCUUUGUAAUUCCCAAAUUGGAUGUCAGGGUUUGGGUAAAAGCCCUGAAUUUGCUUUCGUACAAGAUCCCCUGGCUCGCGACAAAGGAUUAGCCACACGGGUCGGUGUUUGCAAGCGAGGUCGCCCAAAUUGAUAGGCAUGCACCAGCCGUGACUACCGUUGGAUAAAACCGCCCCACCUGCGUGCACCUGGAUUCAGUUGCCUGCAGACCUGGCUCGGUGCAUGAGUGCUCCGUGAACCCCAAUGGUGCUGCAUUUUGGAAUAAUCUUGCUUAGUUUGGAAUAACCACAACUAAAUUGUGACAGACACAAAUCAUGACCGCAACAUUAAGACUGGUCGCUAGCCUCUUAGCCCUAGCACACAUUUGCCAAAGCAACCCCCAAAGUGACAGACCUACCCUAUCUCUAAACGGAGGCAGUUACGGACUGACUGGGGGCCCCACCUUGCUGCCUCCGGCCGCAACAAACAAACCAGGCAGCCUUUACGACUCUGGCGCCUCGUAUGGUCUUGGUGGAGCUGGAGGAAUUAGACCUGGAGGCGGAUUCAACGGCCCCCCUGGUGGUGGUGGGUUUAAUGGUCCCCCCGGGGGUGGUGGAUUCAAUGGCCCACCUGGGGGUGGCGGAUAUAACGGCCCUCCCGGGGGUGGCGGCGGAUUUAACGGUCCUCCCGGGGGUGGCGGCGGGUUCAACGGUCCGCCUGGAGGCGGCGGAUUCAACGGUCCUCCUGGGGGUGGCGGCGGGUUCAACGGUCCACCUGGAGGCGGCGGAUUCAACAGGCCACCACCCGGGGGCGGCUUCAACGGUCCGCCUGGCGGUGGCGGAUUCAACGGGCCACCCGGAGGCGGCGGCGCUGGAUAUGGCAUUGCUGGAAACGGUCCCAGACCUGGCGGCUCUGGGGGUGGCUACGGAGGCUACGGUGGACCACCUGGAGGUGGAUUCGGAAUAAAUUCGGAUGCUGGUAACUUCAUCGAGCCGCUAGGAGGUGGACCAGGUGGAUUUCCAAAUCGGCCAGGUGGUGCACCUCCUGUCCAUGAGUUGGAAGAAGACGGCCCAUAUUACAGACCGCAUUUCCGACCACCCUUUGGGGUCAACGGUGGACACCUGCCCUUCCCUACAAAAUACGGCUCAGGUGGAACAGUCAGUGACGUUCCCUUUGGUGGAACCGGAGUUGGAUUCCAGGGUGGCGGCGGCGGUAUCCUUCCCGGUGGAAGACCACCCCAAAAAUUCCCAAACCGGCCCCUGAUUGGAGGUGGACCCCAUUUGGGAAACAUUCCUGGCAUAAAUGGCAUCAACAACCCCAAGCCACUUUUUGGAGGUGGCGGAGGAGGAUUUGCGGGCAACCCGCAUAACUCUCAAUCAGACCGACCCUUUGGCGGAAGUGGUCCAGGAGGACCUCCUCCUCCUUAUGGUGCCGGCUUUGAUGGAAAUCGACCUUUCGGCGGCAGCCGUCCUGUAAUAGGUGACCACAAUGGUCAUACGCCCGCGUACGAAAAUCCAUAUCUGAAAGACCCGUCGCUGUUUACUGGAGGAUAUGACACGUGCAAGUGCGCCCUCAGUUUCAACUGCAAUUCUCCUGGCAUCAAAUUCGGUUCUUGCGACGCCGGAAAGCAAUAUUGUUGCUACAACUCUCACGUAUCAGGCUCGAACAAACCAAAACCGCCAUCCUUUUUCGGAAACACGGCCCUUCACCAGCACUACGCAAGGCCUGAACUGAAUCCCAGCGGCGCAGGUGGAAAUUUCAUUCGGCCUGUGAGAGGACCUGGCGUGCUCGUAGGCCCAGGAGGACCGGUUGAUGUUCCACCCAGAGGAAGUGGAGAACCCCUAAUUCACCCUCGAAAGCUGAACAGUAGCACUCUUCCAGCAACAAACAAACUUUUCCCCGGAGACGAGUAAUUUGAACUUUUUGAAACUUAUAAAAAUGUGAUUAUAAUUACGUGAUAAUAUAUUUGUCUUGUGUAAAAUUAUGUAUUUAUGUAAAAAAAUUAUACUGACCAAUUGUGGUGAUGACGAUGAUGGAGUAAAAAAGUGCGCCGGAAAAAGUCCACUGGUUGGCUUCUUCGUUCUCCGUGCCGUCCCAGCCGUGCUUCUUCAUGGCUGUCAACAGGUCCUUUUCGAACUCUUUCAGUUCGACGAUGACCCGCUCGGUCCAGUUUUCUUGACGCAGGACGUCACUUUCCUGCGUUAGCUGCCAAAGACGGUCGGUGCAAUUGCUGCGCUUGUACUUGAUGUCCACUUUGCGCGCCACUUCGUUCUUGGCCUCGAGCGCCUACACAAAAAACAAGCGAAAGCAUAAAACUUAUUUAUUUUUGUUAGAAUUUAUAUAUUUGCGUGUAAAUUUUGUAAAUAAAAUUAGAACGAAUUAUUUAAGUCCAUGCAAUUCAGAUUUAUAAAUAAAAGCUCUUUCAAAAUUUAAAUAAAAUUAUUAAAAUACAUUUUACAAAAUUUUUUUUUCCUUUCAACUAUAACUUUUUAUUGUGUAAAACCAACUCUUCAACAUUUUUAAUCUGGGUUUUAUUGAGAAAUUUUUAAGCUGUGUACCUGGAAAG